AUGGAUAGACAACAAUUAUUAGAACAGAAAAGACAAAGGUUAAAAGAAUUACAAGAGAGAAGAAAUGUUAAAGUGAUUACUCCUGAGCCGAUAAAGAAGGUUGAUAUAUCUACACAGACUAUAGAAUUAAUUGAAAAGAAGGUGGAAGCUCCGAAAGAAUUGAAUCGUUAUGAUAAAUCAAUACAAACUGUGGAAAUAAUUGAUGAAAUACCAGUGAAAGAAAUUAAGAAAGAGGUUCAAUUUACUAAUAAAAAUGAAGUAUCUGAAUUAGAAUUGAAUAAAGCUUUGAUAUCCUCGAUUAAAUUGGUAAAUAAGUUUAAAAAAUUACAUGAGAUUGAAUUAACUGCCACGGCUACGGAAACUACAAAAUUAGAUAAACGAGUGGUUGAAAUUGGAGGUAAAUUGGAAAUUUAUAAUGAUUAUCUAGCUGUUGUUAAGGAAUAUGAGGUGAUAGUUUAUAAUAGAAUAACGUAUCUACCUGAACAUCAUUUAAUUUCUAUAACACCGAUAAAAGAUAUAGUAUUUGAUAAAUUUAAAAAUAGAGUAAUUGGAGUGCUAAAAUAUGGUAAGAUAUGUAUUUGGGAAUUAAAUGAUGAAUUGAAAGCACUUCCGGUACUCACCAGUCCAAUAAUUAAUCCAGUAUUUAUAAAACAAUUGAAAAUAAACGAAAAUGAUUCAAUUUUGGCAAUUACCGAGACAGGACAUUUACAAAUUUGGUCAAGUAAUAUAUUGAAAUCACCUAAAAAGUCAAUGAAAUUAACUGAAAAAGCUAUAACUGAUGCUGUAUAUUUGGGAACUGAUGAAAUUGUAGGUAAAGAAGAAUAUAACUUAUAUUUAGUAUCUUAUGGAAGUCUAUUAGAGGGUAAUAACAUGGUUCAUGAAGGUCCAAAAUCAAUAAUUUACUCAACUGUCAAGUUUAAAAACUUUAUCAUCUCUUGUCAUUCUGAUUGGACAUUGAAAAUUUGGAAAGAUGAUAAAACACCAUAUAAAAUCAUACCAACAACUAAUUCAAUCACUAAAAUAAUACCCAAUGGAGAGAGAUUUAUUACAGUUGGACAUUUACGAAAGUAUGUAGUUGAAUUAUGGGAUUUGUCAAUUAAAUUGUUUUCACCAAUCGCCAAAAUUGACGAAUUUGAUCAAAUUGAAUCAGUGAUUUUCAAUGAUGAUGUUAUAAUAUCUACGCCAGAUAAGCAUAUAAUUUACUCCUUAGAUAAUUUAGAUUUAGAAACAAAUGAAUUCGAUGAUGGUUUAAUGUUAUAG